AUGGCGGCAUAUCGACAACAAGUGGAGGAAAGUCAUCAUGAUUUGGUCAAUUUAUUGACUCAGCAAAUGACUACAAUUCUGAAUCCCAUGAUGGCUGAUCAUGAUUCAAGAUUCGAGCGUCUUGCUAGACAAGUCGAGAGGAUUGCUCGAAUUGUUGAUUAUGAUGAAGGUGAAAGGCAUAAUGCCAGGGGAAAUAACGAAAGGAUGGAAAAUAUUUUUCAAAAUCAAAACAAUAUUCCAAAUCGAGAAAAUCCUCACGUGGUUCCCCGGGGUCAAAAUGCUGAUGACUUUUUAGCCAGAUUGCGUGGUGGCGAACGCUAUCAAGUCACUAGAAUCGUAGAAGAGGUUUUAAAUCGGGUUGGAUUGAAUGUUGGUUUUAUGAAUCAACCACAUUUUGUGUCUGCUUUUCCCCAAGUGGUCCAAAUGGCAGAAGUGCCAAAAGGGAUAAAAAAUCCAAAGAUAACCACAAAAUUUGCUGGUGAAUUAGAAACUGCUUUUCAUGCUCAGUUUUAUCGAGGUGAAAUGAACGUUGCAGUUACCGGUUUAGUAGCUUUGAAACGUGAAGAUGGUGAGACCAUUGAUGAUUAUUUAAUACGUUUCAAAAAUGCCAGAAGUAGAUGCUAUGUGUCAUUACCUGAGAAUGAGAUAGUGAAAAUAGCAACUAUGGGGUUAGGGUUUUAUAUACGCAGAAAACUGCUUAAUGUGCAUAUUCCCGAUUUAGCCCAUUUAGCUGAAAAGGUUCAACAGACCGAGCUUAUGAAAAAAGAAAAAGAAAAAUAUAGGAGUGAACAAAGAUUGAAGAGUAAACCUUUUUCUCGAAAAGAAAAAGUUGCUUAUGUAACAAUGGAGUCUUCCGAAGAGGAAUUCGAUUUCGAAACAGAAAUCGAUUUGGCCGAACUUAAGAAAGGCCCUCCAUAUGUUUGUUCCUUGUUGAAGAAAUUGCCAAAUAGUGAAAAGUCGAAUGAAUCAAAACUAAAAAAUAGAAAGAAAUAUAGUUUUGAUAUUUCGAAAUCUGAUAAGAUUUUUGAUGUGUUGCUUAAAGAUAAACAGUUAAUUUUACCUGAGGGUAGAACUUUGCUUUCUGUGAAAGAUUUAAAAGGAAAGCCUUAUUGUAAGUUUCAUCAAGCAACAAGUCAUUCGACUAACAGCUGUGUGAUGAAUGGAUUUUGA